AUGUUAUUCCGUAGUAAGUUAGCUUUGCAAUGUGUAAAAUAUAUCAAAAGAUCAUGCUCCAAUAAAAUAACUUUGCGCGAAAACUACAUUAAAAAGUACAAAAUGAACGUGGCAAAGUCCAGAGACAAUCCUGUCAUAAUGAAACUGGAUAGUCCCGAGUUUCACUCAAUCUUCACCGAAGAACUGACAACUUUGGUGAAACUAUUUGAAAAGUAUAACCACGAACUUCGUAUUGCUGGCGGAGCAGUACGAGAUUUGCUAAUGGGCAAACAGCCCAAGGACUUGGAUUUUGCCACUACAGCCACUCCAACAGAAAUGAAACAAAUGUUUGAAACAGAAGAUGUUAGAAUGAUAAACGCCAAUGGAGAAAAACACGGCACAAUCACUCCAAGAAUAAAUAACAAAGAAAACUUUGAAAUUACUACUUUGAGAAUAGAUGUGGUGACUGAUGGACGACAUGCAGAAGUACAAUUCACCACUGAUUGGUUAUUGGAUGCUUUAAGACGAGAUCUUACAAUCAACUCAAUGUUUUUGGGCUUUGAUGGGUCUGUUAUUGAUUACUUUUUUGGAUACGAUGAUUUGCAAAAAAGGAGAAUUGCUUUUGUUGGCAAUGCUGUUACAAGAAUCCAAGAAGAUUAUUUGAGGAUUUUAAGAUAUUUUAGAUUCUAUGGAAGGAUAUCGGAUAAAAAUGAUGCUCAUGAAGAGGAGACAUUGAAUGCUAUUAAAAAUAAUGCUGAAGGUUUAAGUAGGAUAUCAGGCGAGAGAAUUUGGACGGAACUCAAAAAGAUUUUAGAAGGCAAUUUUGCUGGUGAUCUAAUGCUUAAGAUUAUCGAAUGUGGUUUGUGUCAAUAUAUUGGAUUACCAAAUAAUCCUAACACAGAAGAAUUACAACGCGUCUAUUCACGAAGCGGUCAUUUGAAUUUAAAUGCCAUCACUUUACUCUCGUCCCUUUUAAAUACUGUAGAAGAUGCAGUUAAUUUAAAUACCCGUCUAAAAUUAUCAGCAUUUGAACGAGACUUGGCAUUAUUUAUUGUCGAACACAGAGAGCCAAAAUUACACCCAAAACCGCUUUUACCUUACCAACAAUUAAUAGUGAAGACCAAAUCGAAACCUUUGGUAAUCAGACAAAAUGUUUUAGAGGUUUUAAAAUACAAUAAUUCGCCCAAUUUAAAAGAGUUUGAAGCUUGGCAAAUACCAAGUUUUCCGAUAAAUGGGGCAAUGUUGAAAGAAAAAGGUGUAGAAAGUGGUAAAAUAAUGGGGUUGGUUAUGCACGAGCUGAAAAGCAUAUGGGCUGAUAAGGAUUUCAAAUUGGAUACUGAUGAUCUAUUGGAGAAUAUUCCAUUUGUUUUAGAUAAAUUGGCACAGAGGAAGAAAAAUAAAUGA